CCUCCCAAGAUGCCCGCGGUCGUAAGUGGGACGUCACGUGGGGGGGCGUUCCCACGCGGCGUGAUGGGGUUAUCGGCGCUAUAUAUUGCGGUCAGCCAGCGCGCCAGGUGCAGAAAGAGUUGUCUUUAGCGCGGAGUCGGCUUCCGCGACGCGGCCUGCUGGAGAGUUCCGCUUCCGGUAUAGGCGGCCGCGCAGGCGCAGGUGUGGCACGAGAGGCCUACGAGGCUGAGCGGUGACCCAGCGCCGCCUCCGGAUUGAUUUUUCCCAGUAUCUGCUGUACCCCGGGCUUUGGGUCUUCGAUCGGAGCCAGAGGCCCGACACCUUGAGAGUGGCUUCCGCGGGACCGAGGGACGCGGACCCCGGGGGAGGCGAAAAGGACGAGGUUCGGACCGGAGCCCGACUAUCGCCCAUCGCCCAUGGCGGCCCUCGGCCCCAGCAGCCAGAAUGUCACUGAGUAUGUCGUCCGAGUUCCCAAAAAUACCACCAAAAAAUAUAAUAUCAUGGCUUUCAAUGCGGCCGAUAAAGUCAACCUCGCUACUUGGAAUCAGGCCCGGCUGGAACGCGACCUGAGCAACAAGAAAAUCUACCAAGAGGAGGAGAUGCCCGAGUCGGGGGCCGGCAGCGAGUUCAACCGCAGGCUCCGGGAGGAGGCGCGGAGGAAGAAGUACGGCAUCGUCCUCAAGGAGUUCCGGCCCGAGGACCAGCCUUGGCUGCUCCGCGUCAAUGGCAAAUCAGGCCGGAAGUUCAAGGGCAUAAAGAAGGGAGGUGUGACAGAGAACACAUCCUACUACAUCUUUACCCAGUGCCCUGAUGGGGCUUUUGAGGCCUUCCCCGUGCACAACUGGUACAACUUCACGCCGCUGGCCAAACACCGCACGCUCACGGCCGAGGAGGCCGAGGAGGAGUGGGAGAGGAGAAACAAAGUCCUGAACCACUUCAGCAUCAUGCAGCAGCGGCGGCUCAAGGACCAGGACCAGGACGAGGAGGACGAGGAGAAGGAGAAGCGUGGGCGCAAGAAGGCCAGUGAGCUGCGCAUCCACGACCUGGAGGAUGACCUGGAGAUGUCCUCUGAUGACAGCGAGGCCAGUGGCGAGGAGGGCGGCCGAGCCCUCAAAGCCAAGAAGAAGGCGCCGCCCAGCAAGGGGGGCAGGAAGAAGAAGAAGAAGAAGGGGUCAGAUGACGAGGCCUUUGAGGACAGUGACGACGGGGACUUUGAGGGCCAGGAGGUGGACUACAUGUCCGACGGCUCCAGCAGCUCCCAGGAGGAGCUGGAGGGCAAGCCCAAGGUCACCCAGCAGGAGGAGGGCCCCAAGGGUGUGGACGAGCAGAGCGAGAGCAGCGAGGAGAGCGAGGAGGAGAAGCCGCCCGAGGAGGACAAGGAGGAGGAGGAGGAGAAGAAGGCGCCCACGCCGCAGGAGAAGAAGCGCAAGAAAGACAGCAGCGAGGAGUCGGACAGCUCGGAGGAGAGCGACAUCGACAGCGAGGCCUCCUCGGCGCUCUUCAUGGCGGUAAGGCCCAGCCCGGGGCGGCGGGGGACGGGGUGGCCCUCUCCAGACUCACAUCCCCAACCCCGGUCUCCGCAGAAGAAGAAGACGCCCCCCAAGAGGGAGCGGAAGCAGUCGGGCGGCAGCUCCCGGGGCAACAGCCGGCCCGGCACACCCAGCACAGAGACGGGCAGCACGUCCUCCACCCUGCGGGCAGCCGCCAACAAGCUGGAGCAGGGGAAGCGGACCAGCGAGACGCCGGCGGCCAAGCGGCUGCGGCUGGACACCGGGCCCCAGAGCCUGUCGGGGAAGUCCACCCCUCAGCCCCAGUCCGGGAAGUCUACCCCCAGCAGCGGCGACGUGCAGGUGACCGAGGAUGCCGUGCGCCGCUACCUGACACGGAAGCCCAUGACCACCAAGGACCUGCUGAAAAAGUUCCAGACCAAGAAGACGGGGCUGAGCAGCGAGCAGACGGUGAACGUGCUGGCCCAGAUCCUCAAGCGCCUGAACCCCGAGCACAAGAUGAUCAAUGACAAGAUGCACUUCUCCCUCAAGGAGUGAGGCUCCCCCCAAUAAACGUGCUCUGUUUUCUAGAA